GGCGGGGAGGAGUUUGUUUAUUUUUGUGGCGACUACCUAGCUAGCUGUACCCCAAACGUGCUACUUCGCGGACCCCUCGUAUGGGUCGCCAUUUAUACCCUGGACUACUGUUAAAAAACAUUCUUAGCACGCUCGAAACAACCGCACCCCAGUAACCGCCAUUCCAAGAACCGUCCACCAAGAAAGCUUUCCAGACCUGCUUUGUAUCGACUCAGAGAGUGCGAGCGAGCCUCCCCGAAGGCUGAAAUCUAAGGAGCAGGAUGUCCAUCGCCAACACCCCCACGAGCAAUGACGCCUGCCUCAGCAUCGUGCACAGCCUGAUGUGCCACAGACAAGGUGGGGAGAGCGAGAGCUUCGCCAAGCGGGCCAUCGAGAGCCUGGUCAAGAAGCUGAAGGAGAAGAAAGACGAGCUGGACUCCCUCAUCACGGCCAUCACCACCAACGGGGCGCAUCCCAGCAAAUGUGUGACCAUACAGCGCACAUUGGACGGCCGCCUACAGGUCGCUGGACGUAAAGGUUUCCCUCACGUUGUGUAUGCGCGAUUGUGGCGCUGGCCCGAUCUGCACAAAAACGAGUUAAAACAUGUCAAAUACUGCCAGUAUGCCUUUGACCUCAAAUGUGACAACGUUUGCGUCAAUCCGUACCACUACGAGAGAGUGGUCUCGCCAGGCAUCGACUUAUCAGGACUGACGCUUUCAAGCACAGGUCCACUCAUGGUAAAAGACGAGUACGACUACGACAAUCAGCAAUCUCACCCCAGCGCCGACAGCCACCUGCAGACAAUCCAGCAUCCUCCGUCCAGGCCGGGCCCGCCAGACACCUUUGGUAGCCCCGCCCUCCUCCCGCCAACAGAGGGCAGCAGCUCGGCUGCAACAUCCGCAUUUUCCGCCAUUGGCGCGGGACCCUCAAAUUCCACCUCCAACUGGAACCGAAACAGCAGCUUCACGUCUGCGGUGCCGCAUCAAAAUGGCCACCUACAGCACCAUACGCCCAUGCCUCAUACAGGACAUUACUGGUCUGUUAGCAACGAAAUAGCAUUCCAACCACCAAUAUCCAAUCACCCCGCUCCAGAAUACUGGUGCUCCAUCGCGUACUUUGAGAUGGACGUCCAGGUCGGCGAGACGUUCAAGGUGCCCUCCACGUGCCCGAUAGUGACGGUGGACGGUUACGUGGACCCCUCGGGAGGCGACCGCUUCUGCCUGGGCCAGCUCAGCAACGUCCACAGAACGGAAAACAUUGAGAGAGCCAGGCUUCAUAUCGGCAAAGGCGUUCAGCUGGAAUGCAAAGGCGAAGGAGAUGUGUGGGUACGCUGCUUGAGCGACCACGCCGUGUUUGUGCAGAGCUACUACCUGGACCGAGAGGCGGGGCGUGCCCCCGGGGAUGCCGUCCACAAGAUCUACCCCAGCGCUUACAUCAAGGUGAGACGAGAACCUCGCGCCAUCCUCGUGGUCCGCUCAAGUUCUCGCUCAACCCGCUGGUGUUGUCUCCGCCAGGUGUUUGACCUGCGUCAGUGCCAUAGGCAGAUGCAGCAGCAGGCGGCUACUGCCCAAGCGGCGGCGGCGGCCCAGGCAGCCGCCGUGGCCGGAAAUAUACCCGGCCCGGGUUCCGUGGGCGGAAUCGCUCCCGCAAUCAGUUUGUCCGCGGCGGCGGGCAUCGGCGUGGACGACUUGCGCCGGCUGUGCAUCCUGCGGAUGAGCUUUGUCAAGGGCUGGGGGCCCGACUACCCGCGGCAAAGCAUCAAGGAGACACCCUGCUGGAUCGAGAUUCACCUCCACCGUGCUCUGCAGCUGCUGGACGAGGUACUGCACACCAUGCCCAUCGCGGACCCACAGCCUCUUGACUAAUGUCGUCGUUGCAAGACUGUUAUCAGGAGGCUGUGGCGCCGCCGGGUCGGGCGGUAGGAGUAGAAGCCAGGACACGCGUAGUCGCCAAUUUAGUCCAGUGGCAUCUUGAGCGCCGUGGUACAUUGGAGACACGCCACUGUGCGUACUGAUAAUACAAGUCAGGAUUUUUAAUCGAGCGCUCAGAUAUGAAUGGAAAAAAGCAAACAGUGUGAUACCACCAGUGUGCGCGCAUCUCAACUAAUUAGAAUAUGGUGCAAUUUAGUCAAGUAGUUGAGUUCAAACUGGCAUCACGUGACAGGACGAAUUUUGUUGUCUCUGAAUGCUACAGUGUUACACUCCUUUGCUUGCCACUCUUCUGUUUUUGCUCCAGAACCUUUCUUUGUAUAUAAAUCAAAAAUGUUGUCAAUCUCUAGGCUGUAAUAUCACAGUCAGUAACGUCAUAAAAACAGCAAAAUAUUUAUAUGGAAAAACACUAGGCCUUAAGUAGCAGACAAUUAAGUGUUACACAGAAAGUAUGACUUGUCUCUUGCUACUUGCAAUUAUAAAAUCCGUGCCGUGUCGCCAACCCAAAGAGAAUUGUGAGAGGAAGUACAAGCCAUAAGCCAAGCACAAUCAUUUCAGUGUUACGCUGAGUGUCGAUUUUUAUUGCGUAUGCAGAACUGACAGCUAUUGCAGUAUUUUCUACUCCAUUUUGCUAUAUUCGCAAACCACUGUACCGCAGGGCUAAAAAAAGUGCUACUUCCGGCGUCUACUUUGCAUCACCAAUACUUUAUGAAUCUGAAUGAUAUUAGUGUUAAUAUGUCUGAAAAUUGUUGAAUAAAAUGUAUGGGCUGACA